UUUUACAAAUGGAUUCGCUUACAGGAAGUUUAAAACACAGCAUAGAUUUGGGAAAGAAACUGCUGAAAGUUAACAGGAAAUACAAACUUAGCCUAAACUCCCCAACCAGGGAGUUUCCCAUGCUGAAGAAGUGCAACAAUAUUCGUAAGAUAUCAUUGAACCAAAGCAAUGAAGGCACUAUUGAUAGUACUCACAGUAAAUUGGAAAAGAGAAAGCUGAACUUAAAUAAAAUUCAAAGAUUGUUCUCACCAGCCCGGGAAAGGAUGGAACAAAAUAAUCAACCUCCUCAAAGGAAACCUCUGAUGUUCAGAAGACUUAAUAGACAAAACAUGCGUAAUGGCGUACUGUCUGAAGAGCCGAAGAUUAGAAACUUGGCCUUACAGAGACUGCAGUUAGCAGGCAUGGAUGAAAAAGUGGAAAUGAUUAAGUCUCCCGCACACAAGAAGAUGAAAGAAGAUGUCUUCAGCUUCAAGAGUGCAAACCGUACCUUGAGAGCCUUCUCUCCUACCCCUCAGACCUGAACUCCUAACAUUAGAGUAGGAAGAACGGCCAAAGUACUCCUAAAGAGGGUUCUUUAGUAAUUAAC